AUGACGCUCUCGUCGCCGACCUUCCCAGCGCGCGGCAGCAGCGGCAGCGACCACGCCAGCUACGUGCCCAAGCCGCGGCGCGCGCGCGGCAGCAUGGACUCCACGGCGUCCUCCACCAGCGGCGGGGGCAGCACCAGCAGCUCCGUGCUCCGCGUGUCCCGCGAGCUCGAGAACAUCGGCGCGCGCGUGCCCAUGUCCAAGAAGCGCGUGACGUGGCGCUUCGUGCUCGCGGGAUCGGAGCAGGUGCACACGGUCAUGCUGGAGCAUAGCCGCAUCUCGGCCAAGAAGCGGCUCAAGCUGGACGGCCGCCGGCUCUACAGCUCGGACGCGUACGCCACCAACUGGCACUACGACUUCCACGUGGGCGGCGGCGACGCGCUCACGCCCUUCCGCGUGACGAUCCGCGACGUCAAGUCCUCGGUCGUGGACCAGCGGCGGCUCGAGACGGUCUACGACCUCGUGGCGGAGGGCGUGAGCUGGGACCAGCUGGGCGAGAGGUUCCUGCCCGUGGCGCACCGCCACCACACGGCGUCGGUCUGGAGCAGCGACAUGUACGUGCGUCGCGUGGAGGACACGAGCGGGGAGCUGCUCAGUGACGGGGACCAGCGUCCCCCGGGCACGCUGCUGACCUGGACGUUCGCGUUCGGAGUGAGCGGCGGCAUCCACAAGCUGGAGCUGCGGGACCUGGAGAAGGGCGAGUUCGUGGUCGUGCUGGACUGCAGAGAGCUCAAGCGCGUGAGCUUUGACGACAUUGAGGGCGAGAUGUGGGAGUUCGAGUACGACGUCGAGGACCAGCACGAGCUGGACCUGGUGGUGGCUCUCACAGACGACAACAGGAAGACGUACGACUUGUUCAUUGACGGCAGCGCGUGGAGCGACAUCAGUCAGACCAACUUCGUGCUGGAGUCGGGGUGGUACCCGGUCUACUCGCGCUCGAGGAGCGCCGUGUACUUCCGUCAUGAGGGCACGGGCAGCACGCAGUGGGAGAAGCCCAUUGUGGACCGAGAGGACGUGAACGCGACCCGUCCGCUGCAGCAUUUCGAGCAGGUGUCGCCCGGCUCGCAGGGGCUGGAGGACCUGAUCCACGACAUGCACGUUAUCACAUCGAUUAAGGAGGAGGCUAAUGAGGAGCCAGAGAGCGAGCACGAACACGCGCCGCAGCUUGUGCCCAUGAAGCAGCCGCUGCAAUCAGUUCAGGAAGUGCCGGAAGUGAAUCUGAUUGACUUUUCAGACGAUGCGGUACACUCGUCGCCUGUAAAGAAGCCGCAGCAGAGUGGAUACGAUGGCUUCGAUCCGUUCAACCCUGCCACGCACGCUGGCUUCGUCCAGAAGGAGCAGAGUGGCAACCAGUCGCAGCCGCAAGUGGAUCUGCUGGGUCUUUAG